AUGGUGUGGAGCCGGGAACACCGGCCUCUCCUGGACACGACACACGACACGACCCACGGACUCGACCCGGGGCAGCCACGACGAGGCGGAGAGGAUGGGGUGCCCUCCCCCUCAUCCCCUGCUGCUCAUGGGCUACGGCUCAGGACCAGACCCAGGCCUUCCGCUCACCCCCCCCCCGGACCCCCCCCCCUCUCUCACUGUCGCCCCUCUGGCCCCUCCCUCAUCUACACCCGCCCACAUCACUCCGCUCUGGUCCACCGCCCCCCAUCACCACAGCUCCACCCACAUAAGUCCCCUCUCCCCAUGACCCCCCACCCCACUUGUCCUAUGCACCUCCCCUACCGAAGCCCUGCCCCCCAGAGGAACCAUGCCAACCAGUCGUACCUGCUUCAACACCAGACCCUCCCCCCAUGA